AUGGCAAUCAAAUGGUCUCCUCCUUCUUCACCAAAUGGUCCAGCGCCCAACUACACUGUACAGAAAACAAACAUUGCUCUAAGUUAUCCAGCAUCUGUUGUUCAAGGAACCCGCUUUCCUGGGUCGGGUUUCUACGUUUUUGCUGCAGAAACAUUACCUCAAAAUGUAGACUUUACUGGCAUUCGCUUUGAAUUUCGUCUACAGCAAGCAUCAGGGUUACUGAUGUUUGCUGCCUCUGCAAGUCAAAAUGAAUACAUCGCUGUGCUUUUUAAAAAUGGGCGUCCACGUUUAUCUUGCCCAGGUGAAGUAGAAGUUGAUGGCACAAUGGCAGUCAAUGCCAAUAUGACUUCCCUUGCUGAUCUCAAGGACCAUACCCUGGAAGUUCGUCGUCUGAGCAUCUCGAGUUCUAUUCUUGUUGAUGGCCUGUACACAGGCUGCAAGGAUAACCUUGGCGUGUACACUUUCAAUGAUGAAGGACUUGCAUAUAACGACUUAAAGUGGCACUCACUGGAAGCGUUGCGCUAUAACGGGAUUUAUGCUAAUAUUACUAUUGAUCGUAAAUGGACAGGAUGCAAAAGUUUACAAGGCGUCUCAACUGUCAAUGAUGAAGGAAAGACCUAUUUUGACAAGGACUGGCACACAUUUGAGGCUCGUCGUUUUGGUAUAGAAGGCAGUGUCCGCAUUGACGCUGAGUGGAGAGGGACAGGAAAAAUCCGUGACCCAAAUUGUCAAAACAGUAGCAUAAUAGGAACUACCACUGCCUUAUAUGUUGGAGGUGUACCUACCAGCUACAUUCUACGUCGAGAUGAUGGAAAAAACAGUGUUCUGGAGAGUGUGUUCAGCACCAGUUUCCAGGGCUGCAUUCACAAGGUGGAGGUGAUGAAGCAGAUGUAUCCUGAAGAAAUCUGGGAGGAACUGGACUGGAAUCGAGCUACAAGCUAUGAACUGGCUUUUCUUAACUGGCAAGGUUGUCCCAUCAACCUUCAGGCUGGCGGGAUACACUUCAUGGGAAAAGGGUAUAUGGUUGUGCCAAACUGUGGAAGUGGUGAGUGCGUUUUGGAAGGUAACUCACUUGAUAUUAGUUUUCGUAUGCGCACAAACCUACACACUGGAAACCUUCUCCUGGUACAUGGAGGAACGGGCGUCUACAUCGCAGCCUUUCUUCAGAAUGGUGGCCUUAACUUCACAUUCAGCAAUGGUGUUGUCAUGACUACUGUCACAUUUAAUGAUCACACCACCAACCUCUGUGAUGGCCAGUGGCACAGUAUUACUUUUUUGAAGACUGGACAGCAAGGUUCCAUAACAGUCGACAAUCAAAGCGUUUCAGUGGGGAACCCCUCGGUCUCUUUGACUGUCCUCACAACCUAUGACAUCUACAUGGGGGGCAUCAAGCCUCAGUCAACUCUUUCCAGUUUUAUAGAGAGUAAUCGCUUGUCACUACCCACAGAAGAACAGUUGGACCUAUCCACAGUGAGGGAUCUGGUUAACAUCAAUCUAGAUGGCUGUCCUCCAUUCCAUGUUCCGGAGAAGACUUGUCAAGACAGUCUAGUCACUGAGGUUUACCGUGGUCCCCAGACUAUUGCUUAUGAAAGAGGCUUAAUGCCUUACACAGAUUACAUUUACAGAGUGGCAGCAGAAAAUGAAGUUGGAGUUGCAUUCAGCGGAUGGAGCUAUGGCCGCACAAAAGAAGGAGUACCUGUGGGUGUGAGUGGACCAAUAGGUGUACGUACUCUCACUGGAUACAUGGCUGAAGUGGAGUGGAUGGAACCCCAAAGUAGUUCUGGUCUCCUGAUGAAGUACAUCAUUAGUGCUUACAAUCUGGACCAGCCGCAGCAACCACCUGUGAUGGAAUAUGUUCUGGAUGCCAAUGCAGAUGCCAUCAACAUGACAAAUUUGAUACCUAGCACCAAUUACUUGUUCAAAAUCUCUGCCUGUACAAGUGGUGGCUGCACAGAAAGUACCGAGGGACUAGAAGUCCAUAUGCCUGUUGAAGCCCCAGAAAAUGUUGCAUCACCAUUUGCUGUAGCCACAGCAUCUUCCCUUCUUGUGAAAUGGAAUCCACCAGGCAAGCCAAAUGGCAAUAUAACUGGUUACUUUCUGUACCAGGAUGGUGAGCAGGUGUAUGCUGGAGGGGAGCAGCAAUAUCUUAUUACAGGUCUUCAGGUAUUCACAUCAUACCAAUUUUAUGUACGGGCAUGCACCGUUGCUGGAUGCACAGAUGGACCAAAAGUUUCUCUAACCACAGCACAACUUCCACCAUCAUUGGUCAAGCCUCCUACCUUGCAAGUUUUAGGUACAAAGAGCAUUGAGGUGAGAUGGGAACAGCCAAGUCAAAUGAAUGGGAUGCUGGAGCGCUACCUUGUCUUCUUGUCCCGAACAGGAAGCACAAGAGGAGAUGCAGUGUACAACACCACAAUGCUGUAUCCUGAAUAUAUAUUAACAGAACUGUUGGCAGGCACUACCUAUUUCAUCUCUGUUGGGGCCUGCACUGGAGGUGGCUGCACAGUCAGCAAUGCCACUUCUGCCACUACAGCAGAGAGUGCUCCAGAUGGAGUCGCUGCUCCUGUAGUAACCUCACCUAGCCCCUCGCAGUUGCUAGUCACUUGGCAAGAGCCUGAAUUUCCUAAUGGUCGAAUCAUCAACUAUGAUCUUUUUCAAAAUGGUAUCAUUGUAAUAACAGGCAUGGCAAUGAAUUAUUCAGUAGGGGGCCUGUUACCAUAUAGCCGCCAUUUGUUCAGGCUUCGAGCCUGCACUCAACAGGGUUGUGGUUCCAGUCUGGAGGUGGAGGCCAGAACACAGGAAGCCUCACCACAGGGCCUUGUAGUUCUUGUUGCCUCUGUUGUCGAUGCUCGUACAGUCAACGUGUCAUGGACACAGCCUGCUCAAGCCAAUGGAUUCCUUUAUUUCAAUGUCUAUUUUGAGGGAUUGUUCUAUGCCAAUCCAGGUGUUUGGAAUUAUACUACAGUCCAGAACCGCAGCAGUUUGUUACAACAGACGGUUUCAAACCAAUACUUUGCAAUUACUUCUCUCAUCCCCAACUCCCAGUAUAAGAUCCAGGUGAAUGCUUCAAAUUCCAAAGGCUUUAUACUGUCCAAUGUGGUACCCGUGAUGUUGCCUCCUGGAUCCCCAGAUGGUAUGAAGCCACCAGUCAUAGUUUCAGACUCUUCUACCAGUCUGCUGGUGAUGUGGAAUGUGGUGGGGCGCGCCAAUGCAGAAGGAAGUGUGGUAUAUACAGUCCAAUUCAGACAGCGUGAGACUGACAUGAUCCAAAAUGACUUUGGCCCAACAACCACUCUGUCAUACAAGAAAACUAAUUUGAUGCCUUACACAGCUUACCAGUUUCGACUUCAGGCCUCCAACAACUAUGGAACAGCACUGUCACCAUGGAUUGAGCAGACAACCCAACAAGACAAACCACUUGGUGUUAGUCCCCCACAAAUAGCUGACAUUCAAGCUAGAUAUAUUAACUUGACAUGGACAGCACCUACGAGUCCAAAUGGAAUCAUUACAACUUAUAAUGUGCAUCAGAAUGGAGUGUUGAGAAAAGUGCUAACAGGAAAUGUGACAGCAUACCAGGCAGAUGGCUUAACACCUUACCAGCAGUACAGCUUUCAGAUCGAGGCUUGCACAACAGCUGGUUGCACCAAGAGUAUGUCCUCCACUGAAGUUCGCACACCAGAAGCAGUUCCUGAUGGGAUAGGACCGCCAAGUUUAAGGUCUGUAACUCCAACCAUGAUAGAAGUCACAUGGCUGCCCCCAACCGGACCUAAUGGUGUCAUCCAGAUCUAUGUUCUGGAACGGAGACUAGCAGACACCAGUGACCCUGUAGUAAUGGUGAAAACAUUUCAGCCAACUGAUGCCAAGGCUUACAUAGAUGAAUCUGCUGCCCUGAUGCCUUUCACAAGCUACAGUUACCGCAUCAAGGUGGUGAAUGGUGCAGGCACUGGUGAAGGACCAUGGGCAAAUGUGACCACAGCAUCAUCCAAGCCUGCUGGACUUGCCUCCCCAUCUUGACUGUUAAAGGGUCAACAUCUAUUCAGGUCAACUGGUCAAGACCACAGCUGCCUAAUGGCAUAAUUGAAGUCUAUUUCAUACGUUGGUCAAACCAGGAAAAAGAGAUUCGUAACUUCACCUCACUUGUGGCUUAUCUCGAGGGCCUGGUCCCCUAUACCACCUACUCCGUCACACUCACAGCUGUACUAGUGGAGGAUGCACACAAAGUCAGUCAGUAAAUGCAACAACGACAGACCCAGCUGCCCCAUCAGGUCAAACCCCUCCAAUACCACAGGCCAUCUCACAGUCAGCAGUCUCUGUUCUUUGGACACUUCCAGCCAAUCCCAACGGACCAAACAUACGAUAUGAACUGUCAAGGAAAAAAGUACGACAGCCCUUGGACAUUACAGCCCAAGACAUUGGAGUCUGGCAAAGUGCAUACCAGGGAACUGGAUUAUUUUAUGUGGAUAGAAACUUGCCAUUGUUCACAACAUAUGUAUAUCGGGUCACGGCAUUCACUGACAUUGGUCAGACAACUAGUGAUGACUCACAAGAGGUGACUACUUUUGGUGGCUUCCCUCGGCUUCCUCCCACUGUAUCUGCAACUGCCAUCAGCCACCUUGAAAUCCUGGUCAACUGGACACUACCUGAUCCAGUGGCCCUACAGGGAGAUGUAGAGAAUCUGACACUGUUUGCUCAAAGUGUGGCAAAAACCGUUACAGUGUAUCCUGAAGUUGAUGCAAACAGUUUUACUGUCCAGAAUCUUCUACCACACACAGAUUUCACCAUCACCCUAACAGUCACAAUAUUUGGAGGAGCGUCUAUCAACAGCACAUCAUUAACUGUCACAACACUUGAUGGAGCUCCAUCAGGGAUGGCUCCACCUGUCUUGACAGUUGUCAAUGAUAAUGCCAUGAGAGUGGCUUGGACUGAGCCUCAGAACCCCAAUGGACAGAUUACAGCAUAUAAUGUUAUUGUAAACAACAGAACUAUUCCAACUGGCC